AUGGCCUCUACUAGCAUGGGUGCUCCUUACGUCAAGAGAAGUGCUGAUGCUGAGGCCAACCACGAAAAGCGUGAUGCCGAACCAUACUAUUACUAUUACAAACGUGACGCCGAUGCAUCCCCCGAACCAUACUAUUACUAUUACAAACGUGACGCUGAUGCAUCCCCCGAACCAUACUACUACUAUUACAAACGUGACGCCGAUGCAUCCCCCGAACCAUACUACUACUAUUACAAAC